AUGGUGUACCGCAACCUGUCAAGUCAGGCCAGUGACUAUCCCGACUACGAGCUCACGAAUGUCCCUUACACCACCGGCACCAACACCGCAGCAGCCACCCAUCCAGAAAUAAUGGAGAAGUCCACGAAGCCUACGGCAGCCGCAACGAAACCCUGGUACGAUCCGCGCGGCUGGUCGUUACUCACCAAGUCGCUUGUUGCGGCCGGGGUGGUUGUCGCCAUCGUGGCCCUCAUCGUCGGUCUCGUGGAAGGCCUCAAAUCCUCCUCGUAUCCCGACUACUCCGCCCUGAGCUACACCCUGUCUCGCGAAUACUCGGGGUCUUCCUUUUUCGACGAGUUUGACUAUUAUACCGCCACCGACCCGACGGAUGGGUUUGUUCAAUAUGUGGACUCCUCGACAGCCUCAGAGCUCAACCUGACCUACGCCUCCAGCUCCCGCGCCGUGCUGAGGGUCGACACCAGCACCUCGAACCAAACCAGCGGUCGCCGGUCAGUGCGCGUGACCUCGAAGGAGACGUACGAGAACGGACUCUUCAUCUUCGACAUCGUGCACACCCCGUACGGCUGCGCGACCUGGCCGGCGCUUUGGCUGACGGACCCGAACAACUGGCCGGAACACGGCGAGAUCGACGUGCUCGAGUCCAACAACAAGGGCACGCACGGCAACGCAAUGACCCUGCACACGACCAGCGGGUGCAAGAUGAACGUCAAGCGCAAGGAAACCGGCUCCCCGACGUACACCAACUGCUUGAACACGGCGAACGACAACGCGGGGUGUGGCGUGACCGGCGGGAAAGCGACGUACGGGCAGGCAUUCAACGAGAACGGGGGUGGGGUCUACGCGAUGGAACUCCGCGACGCCGGCAUCCGCGUGUGGAUGUGGGCGCGCGACGAGAUCCCCGACGACAUCUCGAACUCCAGCAGCAGCCCCGACCCGUCCACCUGGGGCGAGGCGCUGGCGGAUUUCCCCAGCACGAACUGCGACAUCAGCUCGCACUUCACGAACCAGAGCAUCAUUGUGAACAUCGAUGUCUGUGGGGAUCUCGCGGGGGCGUCGACCUAUUACACCGACCUCUAUGGGUGUCCGGAUACGUGCACGCAGUGGGCGGCCGAGAACGGGGCCAACUUUACCAAUGCCUACUGGGAGUUUAAUAGUUUCAAGGUGUAUCAGACUUCGUCGGGCGCGUCGACGACGGCGACGACUACCUCUUCUAUGGCGGGGGCAACGUCUACGGCUGCUUCGGUGGGGACCACGUCUGCUGAUGCGGCGUCGACGACAACACAGGCGCAGUCGCAGGGGCAGGGGGAGGGGGAGGGGGAUUCCUCGUCGCAGCAGCAGCAGGGUCAACAGGGUCAACAGCAGCAGCAGCAGGGAGGACAAUGA